AUGGAUAAAUUUAUAACGGGAUUUAGUGAAGGGAAUCUGCAACAUGACCUUUCCAACAAUCCCCAACCUGAUAGAACAACUACUGAACCUAAUAAUGUCAAUGAGUUGGAUGUCAAUGAGUUGGAUGUCAAUAAGUUGAAUGUCAAUGAGUUGGAUGUCAAUAAGUUGAAUGUCAAUGAGUUGAAUGUCAAUGAGUUGAAUUUCCUUACGGAUCUAUGA